AUGGCGGAGAACCGUGGGGAGCUCGAGCUCUACAACCAGUGGUUUGUGCUGGCGGACACCGACAAGGACGGUGUCGUUUCAGGGGGUGAGGCCGUCAAGUUCUUCUCCAAGUCCGGCCUCCCCACCAACCCGACCCUCUUCAAGGUCUGGCAGUACGUCGCGGGGGACCGGCCCUCACUGAACCGCAGGGAGUUUUACACCGCCAUGAAACUCGUCUCCCUGGCCCAGCUGAACGGCGGCGUGCUGGACGACCAGGCCGCCCUGCGCCUGGUCAAUGGCCUGGCCGGCCCUGUGGCCGCUUUCUCCACCGCCUUUGCGCAGCUGGACGCCAACCGCAACGGCGUGGUGCAGGGCGUGGACUGCUUCGGCGUCUUCAUGCGCAGCGGGCUGCCCAAGGACGCGCUGAAGCGCAUCUGGGACCUGGUGGCGGGGGCGGCAGGACACCUCUCCUCCCACCAGUUCGUGCAGGCCCUGUACCUGAUCGAGCACGUGAAGGCGGGGCGGGCGCUGCCCGAGGCCCUGCCCUCCGGCCAGUUCCCGCCUCGCGAGGCACUGCCCCUUGCCUACGACGGCCUGCUGGCCGCAGGCGCGGCGGAGUGGGGCGGCUUCGACGAUGAGGGGUUCACCAUCGUGUCGGCGCUGCCGCCGGACGAGCGCCUGGCCACGCUCAAGCUGGGGCCUGCGGCCUCCGCCGCGGCCGCCGCCACGGAGGCAGCGGCGGUGUCGGGCGGUGCGACGGGAGCAGAGGAGACCGUGUCGGGUCCCACCGACGUGUCGGGCGCCGACGCCGCCGAGGAUGUGCAUCCACUCGCCGGCCUGGCCUCCGCCGAUGCCGGCCAGGCCCCCGCGCCUGAGGCGGUGGCCCCGCUGCCCAAGCCGGCCAGCGGGGCGUCGCUGCAGCCGGCGUCGCCCGCACCCUCGCCGCGCACCGACGCGCGGGCGGAGGCCGCUGCCGGGGACGACCCUGCGGUGCUGGCCAGCGCCAUCGCCGAGGCGCUGGACUCGGUCGUGGACGGCGCACCUUCGUGCACCGCCUCCCUGGCCGGCAGCGCGCAGGGCGGGGGCAGCCUGCGUGCCGAGGACAGCGCCAGGAGCGAGGUGGACCCGCGGGCCGAGGGCAGCGCCGCGGCCCUGCCCUCGCCCAAGAGCGCCACGCCGCCGCAAGGGCCCGUUGCGGCGGAUGAAGAGAGCGGUGCCAGCGCCCAGGCAAAGUCAGCAUCCCCGCAACAGGCUGCUGCCGCUCCGGCUCCAGAAGCCUCCACCUGGACGGCCUUCUGA